AUGGAGGGAUCGGAGCCGUCGCACGUCCAGCCCACUCCUGAGGCGCCCGUCAACCCGGUCGCGAACGACGGGAAUGACGGACAAAAUAGACAAGAUGGACCUGUGGCAGCGACAGGCGGUGUCACAGACGAACAAUGGCGCGUGAUGAUGGAUGUUGUGAUGGCCAUCUAUGAGUAUCGAGAGGAGGACGUCAACAAGCGCAAUGUCCCCGACUAUUAUGAUAUCAUCAAGGAGCCCAUGGCCCUGAGUAUCCUGAAGCAAAAGAUCAACAAGAGAGAGUACAAGCAAUUUACUGAGUUUGUGCGAGACUGCGCCCUGAUCCCUCAUAAUGCGCAAACCUAUAAUCGUCCUAAAUCUCAAGCAUAUGAAGAUGCACUUGUCAUCAAGGAUGUCUUUAUUGCAGAGUUCCAGAAGCUGGUGAACACAGGGAUUAUUUCCGCUGAAGAAGCUGAGCUUCCGGAUCUUGGCGAGAUUCCCGAGGCAGAUCCUCUUCCCGAAGAGGAAGAGGAAGAGGAAGAAGAUGACGACGACGAAGACGAAGAGGAAGAUUCGGACGAUGAUAGUCGAAGAAAGAAGAAGCGAGGUCCGCGAUCGGGAAGCAAACGCGAGGGUAACAAAGAAGACAGUCAAAAGCCCAAUGACCCCGAAUUGAGAAAGAAGCGGGGCCGGCCACCGCGCGUCGAUACCCCAAUGGAGGCUAGGAUCAAGGCGGUUCUGAAGGGCAUUCGAAAGCUGAAAGGACCGGGGGGUCUCAAAGUCGUCCACUUUGAGCGCCUACCUGACAAGGGUACCUACCCGGACUACUAUGUGGAAACCAAAGAGCCGAUUGCCAUCGACAUUAUCAAGCGGAAGUCGAAACGGAAGAAGUACAGCUCGGUUGAUCACUUCAUGAGGGACAUGGACCUCAUGUUCAACAAUGCGAAGGCUUACAACCAGCCCGAAAGCCAAAUAUACAAAGAUGCUGUUGAUCUGCAAGUGGAGGCCCGAAAGCUUGCCGAGCUUGAGAAAAAGAAGCCGGACAGUGAAUAUCUCAUGGAAGAUGGGCGCCUACCCUUGCCCGACGGCAUCCUUUACAAAAACGAGCUUUGGAAGGUCGGUGAUUGGGUUCACAUCCAAAACCCCAAUGAUGUGACAAAACCCAUUGUUGCCCAAAUAUACCGCACUUGGCAAGAUGGUGACGGCGACAAAUGGAUCAAUGCCUGCUGGUAUUAUCGCCCAGAGCAAACUGUCCAUCAUUUUGAAAAGCACUUCUACCCAAAUGAAGUGGUCAAGACCGGCCAAUACCGAGACCACCGAAUUGAAGAGAUAGUAGAUCGGUGCUUUGUGAUGUUUUUCACUCGCUACAAUCGCGGGCGACCCAGAGGCCUUCCACUUGAUAAGGACGUAUAUGUCUGCGAAGCUCGGUACAACGAAGAGAAACAUAAGCUGAAUAAAAUCAAGACAUGGGCUAGCUGUCUCCCAGAUGAGGUCAGAGAGAAAGAUUACGAGAUGGAUCUCUUCGAUGUCCCUCGCAGAAUCAAAAAAAUCCCCAGUCCCAUCAAGCAUUUGCUCAAGAACGAGGCCAAAGAAACGGAUGAUCUUCCAAAACCCACCUGGGGAGCUGACAAUGCACCUCCAGCAAUAGGCGCCGUUCAUCGUCGCCCGCGGGAUGAAAAUGUGAGGCCUUCCCCUCCCUCUAUUUUGUACCCAUUCGAUCCCCGCCUAGUCUUAUUAGGUAUCUUGACGACUAAUAAUUUAUUUCUCCAGGAAUCUCCACCCCCAGAACCAUCGCCUUCUCCGCCCCCAAUGCCUCGACAAUCGUUGCCCUCUGCCCCCAUUCGACAACCUUCCACUAACCAGCCAUCUACACGACCGAGCAUAGAAAGCCAAGGUCCAAGUGCUAUAGCGGCGGCUCCCCCACCAGCGCGAUCUCCGGCUGUACCUGUCGCGCCGGUACAGCAUUCCCCGGCAGCCGUCGCCCCGGUGACUUUCCAACCACCCCAAGUGCCAUCAGGCCAGCCGUACCAACCCGCCCUGCAGAGACGCCCCAGCAGUCUUGCACCGCAACCUUCACAUCCGGUCGCAUACCAGGCAUCUGCAGUGUCGCAUCCUUAUGCUUCUGCGCAACCGUCACCAUACGCACCCUACCAAGCCAGUCGCAUGGCAAUGCCGGGCGCAUCGGUGUAUAACCCCAAUGCCCCUCGCCCAAUCGAGGUAUUCCACCUAAGUGAAGCCGCAAACACAGCGAUCCCGGAAGAUAUCCGGGGGCAAUUCCACUGUGACGACCAGGGCCGUGUGCUUUUCUUCGCUUCUCCGCCGCUGGAUAUCAUCCCAUCGACUCAGCAAAGACUCGGCCACUCACUCAAGUAUCUGGCCGCCAAAGAGGAGCGCCGGAAGCUUGUCGAGCAAAAGAAGCGCAAGGAACGCACGGAGCAGGAAGAGCUCGAACAGCGAGCCAAGCGCCAACGAGCCGACGAGGAGACGGCUCUUGCGGCCAAAGUAGAAGAUCUGACUGCCCGAGCAGUCAACACCAUGACGAGUCAGAUAGUGUCCGGCACGGACACUCUCUACGAAAUCCUGUACGCUGAUCAGGCCGAGAAGGCAAAGUCGGCUGCGAACCGGUCUCGCGAGCAGCAGGUGCUUGCCGAUCAGGCCUCCCGCAAGAGAACGGCUCAGAUCCUAGCGCAUUCGGAGGAAGCUCGCUUCGUGAGCCUGAAAGGUAGUCCCAUGUACAUGCAUGGCAUUGAUACUGGAACCUAA